UAUUUCUUUUUUUUUAAACAGUCUAACGUUGACUUGUGAAUUUCAGACGGAUACAACGUUAGGUGACGUUAAACACAGUUUAGCCUUGCCGUCGUGGAGCUGGAAGCAGGUGACCACUGACGUUAGCCAACGUUAGCUAAUUAAAAUGUCAUACAACUAGGGUCAUGACUAAUACGUUAAUUAAAAGCGAGACUGCUGUUACAUCAGCGACUUGUAACGAGUUGCUGAUGUAACCGAUAACUAACUAGCUAGACUAUUCUGAUAGACUUCCAAUUGAGUCUGUCCUACAUUUCAGUCAAUUGCAUCAGAGACAGAGACCUAUUUUUAUAUUCCCUCUGGGUUCAAAAGACAAGACAUGAACACCGGUCUCUCCAGAUGAACACGCUGUGUUUGUAGUUAUGGAAAUGCUGUCUCAGGCUUUUUGACUUUAACAGUGUCUUCAUUCUAAUGAAGGGUAACCUUCAGGUUAGGCCUGGUGUAUGCAGUUAUUUUUUUUUUAAAUGUGUGUUUUAAAAGGGUCAUUUAUUUAUUUAUUUAUUUUGCUAAUUGUGGGGCUGCAAUGCUAAAGCGAAAUGUAGCUGAUGUACAUGUUUUACUUAUUCAUUUCGAUCUGCGAGACUACAUGGACAGUGGCACAGUUGUAAAGGUGAUACCUUGUGCUUUUUACUAUUUGUGGAGGGUUAAGCCCCACCUGUCAUGUCUGUAAUGCUCAGUCUGUGGUCAAAUAGUUCAAACCGUAUAUCAUAUAUAUAACAUCUUGCAUACAUUAUGUGUACCAAGCAGACUGCUUUUUUUUUUACAGCCUAUGGUAUUAACUCAUGCACAUCACUGUGAUGUCUGUUGUCUUUAUUGUUUUCAUUGUGUCAUGUAUAUUUGUUAAACCAUGUCAUUUAUAUUUUAUUUUAUUAUUUUCUAUGUUUGAUGCACAGUGUCAAAGGCACAUUGCCAAAACCUUGAGGGGUUUCAUUCCUCAUUCAUUCAUUGAAUGAUAUCAAAACAAUACAUAUUUCUUUCUUAAAACGAGGAGGUGUUUAAGUCGCAGGUACUGUACUGUGGUAGGCUCAAACAGAACAUUAUACAGAGGUACACAUCUUGCCAGCGUUUCAUUUUAUUAUAAAGAACUGCUUGUUCACUUGGAACGUACUGUUUGCAUAUAUGCGUUGUUAACACAUCGGCCCAAAAAAAGUAAUCCCUCUCCCUUCUCCCUUCCUUUCUUCUCCAGUCUACCUGACUCUUGCUGACCUUCAGUGGCGAUUGGCCCCCCGCAGCCAUCUGUCAGCAUGCAAGGAUUCUACUCCAAGCUGGACUCGUCCCCCGCCUCGUCCCCGUUAUUGGGGGGGGCCCUCGGGGGAGAAGGGGCUCCAGUACCUCUCAGCCUGGCUGUGGAGACGGAGAAAGCUCAGGCUCUCCUACAGACAUUCAGCUCCGCCUCUCUGCUGGCGUCUGCAGGACUUGGUGUGUUCUGUGUGGUGGCGGACCACGCCCUCCAGCUGUCCGUCAUCCAGAACCACCUGUGGCUGCGCGCUGCCUUAGACAACGGCACGCACGGAUUGGUGGGGCUGUGGUCAUGGGCAGUUGUUAUCGGACUAAGGAAAAAGAGCGAUCUGUAUGAGGUGCUGCUUGCCGGUCUUCUGGCAUCAAUCAUAGACCUGGACCACUUCUAUAUGGCUGGAUCCCUGUCACUCAAGGCUGCCGUCUCGCUCCCUCAGCGUCCUCCUCUCCACUGCUCCUCUCUCAUCCCCGUCCUCUGUCUCUCCCUGCGCUUCCUCAUGUGGAUCGGGCGCCUCAAAGACGCUUGGUGCUCCUUGCCGUGGAUGCUUUUCAUCUCCAUGGCGACGCACCACGUCCGGGAUGCCGUGCGCCGCGGCCUGUGGGUGUGCCCGUUCGGCAACACGGCGCCACUUCCUUACUGGCUGUACGUCAGCACCACGGCGACGCUUCCUCACCUGUGCUCUGUGCUCAUGUAUCUGACGGGAACCAGGGACGUGAUCUCCACCAAACACGGCGUGGCCAUCGAUGUUUAGAAGCCCCGGCUUGCCGACAACGUCCGACGCUGAUCCGGUUAUCGAUCGCCUCCGGGGCUAACACGUUCUUCGCCGCUUGAAAACAACUUUUAAGAUAUUUGAAUUACUGGAGAAAACAUUUCUGGCACUGGACCCCCGAAUGGCACUUAAAAGAUGCUGCUGAAAGAGUAAUUUGAGACAUGGUUGUUCAGCUUAGUUGAAGAGAAAUGUUGGCUAAGAAUCCAUUUUUUUAUUUUUAUUUUUUUAUUUUUUUUUUCAGCCACAAAGAUGAGGAAACUGUCAUUACAUAAUAAUGGGACAAAACAAAACAUACAAUUUGGGUUUCCAUAGAUGGAGACAUCUGUAAAAUAACACAUUUUGAAAAAGGGACUUUCCAGCGUGAGUGCAAAUAAUGGAUUUGUGUCUUUUGAUUUUUUUUUUUUUUUCAGGUAUUAUGGAAAUGUAUCAGAAUCCUGUUCACUUACCUGCAGAGUAAUGCUUAUCUUUAAUAACUGUUUAUGGAGUGACCCUUUAAAGCUUUGACAUAUCGUUUUGCGGAGGCUUGAGUGCUAUCAGUUCAUGUGCCCAGGCCACGAUAAGGGUGCCGAGACUUCUUCAUCGUCCUUUCUUGGCCCCUGAACUCUAUAUCGCUACAUCCAUCCUCGUCCUAAGAAGGAACACUCAAGGAAAAGUCAACCAAAGCUCAACCACAGGCCGUAUGGGGCACUAUAACGUAUAUUGUUAUCAGUGUCAACUUUCACCCUCGGCACGUCCAACAGUAUGUUACCACUGUUAUUCCACUGUUCAUUUAAAAUAGGGACAUUUAAUGUAUCGUGCAUUCAUUGUAGAGUGAUUUCUAAAUCGUCCACAUUCCGAUGACAGAUCCACCGUUAAUUAUCACAAAAAUGAUCUUUGUCUGUUAACGCCUGUGCUAUCCAGCUGUCACCUCUCUGCCACUUUAACAGACUCUUAACUCUGCUGCUUGAAUGAGCCUUAUUGUGAAGCCAUUUUUUUUUUUUUUUUUUUUCCGCAAAUCAGAGGUUUCGGUGCCAACCAUGUCAGCCGUGGUUAUUGAUCAGGACUUUGUUUGCUGUGUAACCUGGCAGUCGUUCUCGUUUGUUUCUAAAAGAAAUUUGCAACAUCUAGAUAUGGCAUUGGCAUCGUUGGAUUUAGCUGAAAAAGUCCUGUUGGUUGUACUUGUUAAAAGUUGAUAAGGCUCUUUUAAAUCAACGUGGGGAGUGAGAAGUAUUCCACUUAUAAGAGAUGCUGGCCUCAAGAUGCUGUUCAAGUAAAGAUUGUUGGCUAGUUUUCUGACUUCCUACUGUACCAAUGCCAGAAAACUGAUGUCAUUUUUACACAUUCAAACAGGAAAAUCCACUUUUGAGUAUCAUUUAAUGACAUGUUGUGCCUCAGUUGUUGCAGCCCAAGCUAAGGAUCAUGAACUGACAGGUGAUUUUGUACUUUUACUGUCAGUGUGAUAAGUGUACGGUGUCUCACAUGAUCUACCUAUUUUACAUCCGACAUAGAAAGGAUACGGGACCUGGAGAAAUGCUGGAUAAUAUUUUUUUGGAAGUUUUAAACAUUCAAGGGAAUUAUUUGUUUAAAAGUGUGUCCAUUGACAGUAAUAUCUUCAUAUUUACAGAAAAAAAAAAAAAUGUUAUUGCUGCAUUAACUUGUUGUAUAUUGUUCCACUGCAGUUUUUGAUAUGUUACUCUUAAUUAAAUGAUUGAUACAGUGCAUAAUGCAUACUGAAAUUCCCAGUUGGCUUUUCAGUGCUGAAAUCAUGACUUGCAGGACAUGGAGCGUUUAUUUGAACUAUUUAUCAAACUUAGACUUAGAACAUUUAGAGGUAGAAGUCAUUACACUGUUUUUAGAUGUAGACCGAUCAAACACAUUUAUUCAUUGAGUUAACAGUAUUGUUUACUAUAUUAUACAUAAUGCAUAAUAAUAUGUGGUUAAAAAGUGGAUUAGAGACAUUAUUCUAGUUAUUUGAAGGUGAUUGCUUUUAGUAUAAAAGGGAUGGUGGACCCCUCAAAGACGUUUCUAACAGUCUGCUUCUGUCUUGAAUUAAGACAUAUUUUAGUUUAUGCUGAAAACAUAAUCCCAGUAUUCUUAAAUACCGUCCACCGAUAAAUAUUUGAAUUUCCAUCUGAGGUUUUCGUAUUUUUUUUUUCUUGUGGCACUGCUGAUGAUUGGAAGGUUGCAGUUAGGCUUGCUGUACACUAGGUUGCUGCAGUGAGCUGUAUGGAUUCACAAUUUGUCAAUUUGGUACUAAUCAGGUCCUAAAGUAUGAGAUGUUAUGGAAAAGAAAAUGUAUUUUUAGUUUUGGUACGGUCUUUGUGUUGUUUUUUUAUCUGCUGCAAUUGCACGAUCAUCUGUGUUUUAAUUUAGGAAAUAUUUCCCUUUUCUGGAUUGGAAACUAUAUUGGAAACUGUACUACACCUACUUAACUGAAAGUCAGUUUUAGGAAGAAAAAGUUACACAAUGGCUGCCGUCCCAUUUAAAUGAUCAUUUUGAGUAAAAUGCGAUCUCUUUUACUGCUGCUUCUGUUUACAAUGUGAUGCCCUUCCAGUAUGCAAUAAGUUGAAUUCUGCACAUUUUAAGUUUUUGUUUAAAUUUUGUUUUGUAUUUGUUGAAUGUUUUUUAUGACAAAGUUUUGAUUUCAAUAUAGAUAGUAACAAGAUGGUUUUAAUGUAGUGUUCUUUUUAUCUCAAUAAAAUAUAUCCUGUGUA